AUGCAUGCGUGCAUCAUCCUUCCCUUACCAUCUUGCCAAAGCCCUGGCCUCCUGCCCCACCCACCUCUCCCUCCCUCCCCCUCUCCCUCCCCUCCUGCCUCUCCCGGGUGCGAGCAGGCGCCGUCAGUGGUGGUGGUGGGGUCGCACGUGUGGGUGGAGGACCCCGAGGAGGCAUGGGUGGAUGCCGUGGUGACAGCCGUGGAGAAGAAGAAGGUUACUGUCAGCUACAAGGGCAAGGAGACCGUGAUUCGGUUGAAGCACUGCCAUCCGCGGGACGAGGAUGCACCGAGCUGUGGGGUGGACGACAUGACCAAGCUAUCAUACCUGCACGAGCCGGGCGUGCUGCACAACCUCUUCCUACGAUACUCCAUCGACGAGAUCUACACGUACACGGGGAGCAUUCUGAUAGCGAUCAACCCGUUCUGUGCGCUGCCGCAUCUGUACGACGAGCAAAUGAUGGAGCAGUACAAGGGCACUCGCCUAGGCGAGCUCUCCCCUCACGUCUUUGCCAUUGCUGAGGCUGCGUACAGGUGCACUUGUUGUGAGUGCAACAUGUGUGUGACGAGCACAUGA